ACAUUUUUGUGUGCUAACGGUCAAGCAUGGGAAGAGUGAAAAGAAAGAGUUGGACGAAGAAGGACUCUGUUGAGCAAACAGAUACGCUGAAAGAUGUAAACCACUUGAUCAGUGACCUCAGAUUUGAUUGGAAAGGCUACAAAAUACCCAAAAGUCCGUGCACAUGUAAUAGUUAUCAUGAAGAAUAUCCCAAGAUCAACAAGAACCAAAGAGACGACUUUGAAAACAAAUCAACCAAGAAAAAAACUUCCCAGAGUUCAUUCCAGAAGAAGCUUAUGAACAAACAAGAAACCGAGACGACAGAUCGUCUCCGCUCUCAGAGAAGAAAUCAAUCUGAUGACUUUGAAAUCAAUAAGCGUGAUGAAGUUGAAGUACGCAGAAAAAUAUUCGAAGAAAAUUACUGGAAAAGUCGGCAUGCGAAUGCUCAAAAUCAAAGCUGUUAUCAACAAACACACUUGAAACAUUCGACCGAUCCGCGGCUGCAAAAAAUGGAGACUGUGCCAAUGAUGCCCAACAGAUCGGAUUCAGUCCAAGAGUUGCCACACACUGUCUUGUAUGAUUCUACAGAUUCUCGGAUUUCGAGCACAGCUCGUCGUGAACUUUUUGUUGGAGAAAGUGCCAAACAAAGACGAGAACGAGAAUAUGAAGAACGUGUAAGGAGAGAAUUUGAAAAAAAGAGAAAAGAAAGAACUUUGCCAAUCCAGCCCACUUUAUUCCUAUUUAAGUAAAUGAAUUCUGCUAAAAGUUUUUACU